UGUUAAUGUUUGAAUUUAGUCAUCAUUGCAAGGAAGAAAUCAACUUUUGUGUUUUACUAAUUGUAAAUAAUUAAACGUUUUGUUACAAUAAAGUCGAGCUUUCAAGUGGUCAUAAAAGUUCAUUCUGUAGGAUUCUUUUUGCUUUUAUCCAGAUUUUAUUUAAAUAUCCAUUAGAGGGCUUUAAUGAAGGACAUUUCAUUUAGUAUUGUGAAUUAAAACAAAAUACAAUAAAAGUUUUAUUUAGAAAUAUGUGCCUUACCCCUGAGACAUCCCAACUCUAGCACACAUUAGCUAUAAACACUGCUUCAUCACUAAGUAUUCUCCAUGUCAGACCUAUGAAAAUGGCUUUGUUCAUUUUUUCUACAUUAUGCCAAUAAUUUUGCUAGAUAUGUGUGUUUAUUAGCUAAAUAUAUUUUUAUGCCUCUUGAAUCAGCACACAAGUUAAUGUAAGAAUUGCAUUAUUUUAAUCACUUGUUUUACGGUCUGUCUCCUGCAAUAACCUGGAACAGUAGUUUAUCAUCUUUGUAACAGCUUUUAAGGUGCAUUAUGUAGAAAUGAAGUAAAAAUUACUGUGGUAAAAUUGGGUUACUGCAACCACUAUAAACAACUACGGGGCUUUUUGCCAGCCAUCAUCAAAUUACAAUUGUCAGCGCUGCAGUAUAAGCUUGCAGGAGACACAGAAACCUCACGCUUAAGUCCAUUCUGCCUUUCUUUUGAAAGAACGAAAACUGACAAUCUCUGCAGCCAGAUGGAUAUAAAAUAUGUUUCAGUAUAACCUUCUUUCCAAAAUGACUGAAGCUUUGCACUCUUGGGAUUUUCUCACUGUAAAAUCUCACCAUAUUCAUACCUGCUGCACCUUUAAAUCCCUUAAUAGUCUUUGAUCUUUAAUUUUGGUUUGUCUCCAUCAUGCUAGUAAGUUUCGAAGUAAUAUCACUCCCGUUUACAGAGCUUUUCCUGGUGUCUUGAACGCCUCUGAAAACCAGUGAGUUAUUUCCGGUUCUUCUGUACAACUACGCCGCUGACGAACAUCCGGGUAUUCUGUCGAGAUGGUCAUGGCGGAGGGCACUGCAGUUCUCAGGAGGAAUAGGCCUGGAACCAAGGCCAAGGACUUCUAUAACUGGCCGGAUGAAUCCUUUGAAGAAAUGGACAGCACCCUGGCGGUUCAACAGUACAUUCAGCAGAACAUUCGGUCAGACUGCUCCAACAUCGACAAAAUCCUGGAGCCUCCAGAAGGUCAGGAUGAGGGGGUGUGGAAGUACGAACACCUCAGGCAGUUCUGUUUGGAGCUUAAUGGACUCGCUGUAAAACUGCAGGGCGAGUGUCAUCCUGACACCUGCACUCAGAUGACGGCUACAGAGCAGUGGAUCUUCUUAUGUGCUGCCCACAAGACGCCCAAAGAGUGCCCUGCCAUCGAUUACACCAGGCACACGCUGGACGGAGCUGCCUGCCUUCUCAAUAGCAACAAAUACUUUCCCAGCAGGGUGAGCAUCAAGGAGUCAUCAGUGGCCAAGCUGGGCUCCGUCUGUCGUCGCAUCUAUAGGAUAUUCUCUCAUGCCUACUUCCACCAUCGUCAGAUAUUUGACAAAUAUGAGAAUGAGACAUUCCUGUGUCACCGGUUCACACGUUUCGUGAUGAAGUACAACCUGAUGUCCAAGGACAACCUGAUUGUGCCCAUCCUGGAGGAGGAAGUGCAGAACACCUCAUCAGCUGGGGAGAGCGAGGCCUAACACACAGCUGCUGCUGCCACACAUGUAAACAGUGUCUACACAGUACAGAGGAGACCAGCUCAUUCUGCACAAAUAUAUACAUACACACACACACACACACACACUACAGUGUACUAAGGCUUCUGUCUCGAGACACUGUCCACGUCCCCCGUCCGACGCUCCUGUCUGUCUUAAAGGAGCGGAGCUCAGCCAAGCCCACACUCUGAUAUUCUAACGGUCCGAUUCCUGACCCGCCGUGUCCACAGGAACCAGCUGACUCAUGCUUCUGUCCUACUGGAGACGUGUGGAAGCAUGUUUAGCUCUCUAGCUUCGCUUAGGCCUCACUGAGGUUUUAGCAUCAGAUUUGAGAUUCAGACACAUUUUAACUGAACAACAACUUUGGGUCUGCCGGUGAGCAGAGAGGCUGGUGUGUGAACAGGGACGUUUUCCUGUUAUGAUCCAGUGGAAUGGAUGUGAGGACGGCUUUAGCACCACGGUUCCCGCCUGAGGUUUGAUUCACCCUUUAAUGAGGCCAUCAUUUUAUUUAUUGGUGCAGCUGAACUAGUUCUGCAUUUCCCCCAGAUCAGCCUGCUCUCCUGGGUUCCCAGGAACUCUCAGUACUUAUGUGACGCCCAUGAGCACUAGUCCUAGUCAUCAGACGGCCUUCAGUUGUUGCUUUUAGAGCUACAGAUAAAGGACGUUAGACAUAACUCCUUAGAUCUUCUCCCAUGACUGCUACCAUGAGCAGCCAGUCAGCUGACCGUCAGUGGUAUUGGUGCAUUGGUUGGGUGAGACACAGGGCAAAGGUGAGCCCCUACAUCAGCGUCAUGCUGCUUCCUGUGGACACGUUUGUUUUUUAAAGCAGCUGGAUUUGUGUCUCUAAUCAAGAUGAUGUGCGUUAAUGAGCCCCCCUGUACAUAACCUGAUAAUCUCAUGAUUUCCUGUUCGCUUCUCUCUCGUGUUGCUGACCCACCUGGUCUGAGGGGUGUCCUUCAUCAAUCUAUUAACCUGCUGUCAUGUCUUCACUUUUAGCUGUGUGUGUGAGUGAACUAGCAGUGGGAUGUUCUUUAGUAGGGCCUCUCAGCAGACUCUGACCCGGCCUCCACUGUAAUACUGUACACAUGUGGCCGACGCGUCAGAGCCGCAGCAGCACCCAGAUGAAGGAGAGUAAUGUCCACCAACCGUGUCGGCACAGCCCACUUUCUGCCUUCUUUAACCCUCUUCCUCAUUAAGUUAUUAUGUGGGAGGAGCCUCAUCAGUCCAGCCCACUGUUUGUUUUUUAAAUGGACUAAAAAUUUUGUUACUGUUGACAUUUUCAUGAUGUCUGUUAAUAAAAAAGACCUAUUAUUGAA